GGAUUGGAGGAUUGAGCUGCUGCUGCUUCCUGUCCUCCUGAUCCUCCGCCUAGCCUCGGUCUGGCCGGACAGAGGAAAACACUUCGGGCUUUUCUAGAACAAAAGCCUGAGCGGAGCAGAGGGAGACUUGUGUGAAGAGGAGUCGGCGGCUGUGGGAGCUUUAAAAGUGAAAUCAUCUUCCCUGAGUGUCCCUAAUGGAACUGCACAGUGACCAUGACAUUAGGGUUACCUCCUCUGGAGGGUCACUGGCAAAGAAAGGUCAAGCCAAGAAGGUCAGCAGUCCACACCAUCUUAAGUCGCCCAGCCAUCUUAACACCAACGGAAAGGCAAACAUGAGCCCUUUGAAUCACAAGCUUAAAAUGACCAAUGGCAGCACGAAAGGAGGCAGUUCGGUGAGCUUCAGUACCAAUAGUAACUCGGUGGUAUGUCUUCCUUUGGUAUCAGAGGGACUAAAGCUUGUGUGGACGCAGUCGGAUCAGACGAAAGAGCUGGACACUAUACCUGAGCUGGUACAGGCCUUCAAUGUCUUCCCUUACCCAACAUCCCAAGAAGUGGGCGCGCUGGCUCAGGUUUGUGGACUUCCGCUGGAUAAAGUCAAAGUGUGGUUCAUGGUGCAGCGCAUAAAAUACGGCAUCAGUUGGGCUUCUGAAGACAUCGAGGAGACGCGCUGUAAGCUGGCAACUCCCAGUGAACUGGGACAUGAAGAAAAGAAGAAGAGAAGGAAGUCUGGUUGUGACGACCUGAAAGAAAUUGAGGAGAAUUAUGAUGGAGUGGAUUCUGUGCCUAGUUCGCCACGCAAAAAACUAAAAAAGAAUCCCCCAGAAUUAGCUACAUAUCUCACUUCACCUCUUUCUCCUCAGAAGAACUCUGUAAAUAGUUGUCCUGUGGACAUGCCUGCUGCUGCUACACCAUCAGCUGCCUCGUCUAGUUCUAGUGCCCUUGAGUCAACCCUCAGAUCUCCUCAAAAGCAUGGACGAUACAAAAAAUCCAAAGCCCAGAUUGCAGCUUUGCGCAAAAGCUUCCUGCUAGAAAACUGGCCAUCUGAGGCAGAACUGCAACGUCUGCAACAGGAAACAAAUCUGACUCGCAACGAAAUACGUAAAUGGUUCAGCGACAGCCGCUACCAGCUACGAACUGGACGAGCAAUUCCAGGAUUAAUAGCUCCUGUUUCUCACGAAGAGCUGGAACCUCCGCAGCUGCAGCCUCUGUCUCUGGUGACUGAAAAACAGAAAAGUAGUGUUACUGUGAAAGGAGGAGCUCGCAGUAAGAAAGCACAGAAAAAUCUCUCACGCAGUUCUCAAUUUUUCCAGGCUUUCUUAUCAAACACACUUGAGGCAUUUGGAGAAGGGGACGCAGAACACAGUGAGACGGAAGUAGCAAAAGAAGACGAUGACGACGACAUUCCCAACGAUGACGAAGAAGUGGAAAGUGAACAUGAAAGUGAGGCACCUGAAACUGAGGCACUGUCAGAGGCACAGUCAGUGUCCACUUCCUCUUCCCGCAAGCCUAAAUCAUCUCAAAGCACAGUUUCAAAGUCUUUAAAGAAGUCUCCACAUGCUUCAAAAGCUGUUGGAGGACGUGUGAGAAAAACCAAGGAGCAACUGGAUAUACUGAAGGAAUACUUCUUGCGAUCCCCGUGGCCGAAAGGUGACGACCUGACGCAGCUGGGGGAACUAACAACUUUGCCACGAGCUGACAUUACUCAGUGGUUUGGAGACACUCGGUAUGCUGUGAAGAACGGGCAGUUACGGUGGGUGAGCGGAAAUGUCCGUGACCACAUACUUUCUGAGAUCGGCGCCCAACAAAACUCGAGCGGUGGAGCAGAAUCCAGCGGUGCCAGUGGAAUACCCAAGAGGGAGGGCAGCCGCAAACGCAAGUCCAACGGCGUAAGCAGUGCCUCAAAAGUACCAAAGUCAGGGUCAGACUCUUCAGACAAGCAUCCUUUGGAGGCGUAUUAUCAGCAGACAGGUGCAUUACAGGAGAAGGACCUGGAUGCCCUCUGCAGAAAGUCAAAGAUGAGCUAUCAGCAGGUGCGAGACUGGUUUGCGGCUAAGGACACUGAAACUCAAGAUCUGGAGCACAGUAGCACUGAUGACUAAAACUGAAUGGUUACGUUUUUUUUUUAGCUUUGUAUUUACUGUACUGUCUAGCGAGGAGGAAAAAGGUUUAUUAUUUAGAUUACUAAAUUCUCUCUGAUUCUCCCACUUUCCCAUUAUCCCUUCUUCCCCUUUUAACUAUCUCAGAGUAACCCUUCCUUUCAUCUCUGUAUCUUAUGUUUAGCACUCAGUACAGUGGUUGUUCAUCCUUUUUGGUGGAUCUCCCCUCUUACUCAGAGCCAAACUAUAAUUAGUUUCCAUUCUAACUUCUUAGAAAUAUAUGCAAAUCGUUACUCCUUCUAUAGGUACGGUAGUUGUUGGUAAAUUGUUGAUUUGUAGAGAACACUGUGUAAGGCCUGUGUAAAACUGCUUGAGGGCUUAUUUAACACUGUGGUGAUCCAUUCCUUCACAAAGAAAAUCUGACUAAACCAAUGACUGCAUAUAAACAUGGAUGCCGUGGUUCCAUUUAUUUUACUUCUAAAGAAAAUAAAGCCAGUAAUAAUAAUGAUUUCUGGGGAUUAGCAUGUGACUAAUUGUUCAUUGAAUUAAACACUUGCUGGCAUGCUUAUAAGCAGUCAUUGAACUAAACCAAUAUCCAGAUACCUCACUCAGCUUGCACUUGAAUGUUUAUUUAGGGGGUUUACACUGUUCAACUACUCAAAGUACCAGAAUGUGUUUUCACUUUUUAAAACAGUUACUUUCAUUUGACACAUUUCAGUUGUAUUUAUUGACUAUGAAUGAGUGGCAGAUACUAUGCUGAUGUCAAACACUGGAAAAGACACUAAUUCAGAGGCAGCCUGAAGAUCUUUACCAAAGUAAACAGCAAAAAGAAAACAUACAUAGGAUAGAAGAUACAUAAGUUCCCAUGAAAUUAGGGGGAGGCCAGUAUUUCCAUUCGGGACAGUUAGAAGAGCAACAUGUACAUUUUCCAUGGUUUUAACUUUUUUACAUUUGUGCACCCAUUGUGGGGCUGGGUAUAAAUUUUAACUGUUUUUUUAAACAGUUCAAGUGGAUUCUAAAAAUCUUGUGGUAUAUUUUAACUGGGUUGGACUGGGUUUCCCAAAAUUAUUUUAGUACAAAUAUCACAGUUAAAUGGUAAAUGAUGAAAGUUUUGGAAAGCUCAGGCCAUAAAGUAUUUAUUCAAGAUGCUUUAUGCUUCACUUCAAAGUUUAAAAUUAAGCAUUUUUGUGUUUUAAGCCAUAAUAGAUUGUGCCUUAGAAUGUAUAUCUUUUUUUCCAAGAACAGGUUUUCAGGAGAAAAUGUCUGUUCUGUCUUAUUUUUGUAACGUAGUGCUUAUAGGUGAAAAAAUAAUACACUGAACCAAUUUAAGAUAUAAGGUAGACACUUUCUGUCUGCCAUAUUUAGAUUAUAUUAACAGCAGGCUCUAAUGGAAACCACUGGAUUGAAUGCUUCAUGAAAUAAAAUUAUUUGGUUUGUUAAAA